AAACAAACCGCUCCCCCCGCCCCGUUCCCCUCGCCCGCCGCCCCCGCCGAGCCCCGGACAUGGCGGCGCCGGGAGGGGGCUCCGCCAGCUGCGGGUGCUGAUCCGGCCGCCGUGUCCCCCUGCCCGCCCGUCCCUCCCCGCCCAUGGGCGAGACAUGGACUACGAGUUCAAGUCGAAGCUGGCGGCCGAGCGCGAGCGGGUGGAGGACCUGUUCGAGUACGAGGGAUGCAAGGUGGGCAGAGGCACCUACGGGCACGUCUACAAGGCCCGCCGCAAGGACGGAAAAGAUGAAAAGGAGUAUGCACUGAAGCAAAUUGAAGGUACAGGAAUAUCCAUGUCGGCCUGUAGAGAGAUUGCACUUUUACGAGAGUUGAAGCACCCAAAUGUGAUUGCAUUGCAGAAGGUUUUCCUUUCUCACAGUGACAGAAAGGUUUGGCUGCUGUUUGAUUAUGCUGAGCAUGAUUUGUGGCAUAUUAUCAAGUUUCACCGUGCCUCAAAAGCAAAUAAAAAGCCCAUGCAGCUGCCAAGAUCUAUGGUUAAAUCCCUUCUCUACCAGAUCCUCGAUGGAAUCCAUUACCUCCAUGCAAACUGGGUGCUUCACAGGGAUCUGAAACCAGCAAACAUUCUGGUAAUGGGUGAAGGUCCUGAAAGAGGAAGAGUCAAAAUAGCUGAUAUGGGUUUUGCAAGAUUGUUUAACUCACCUUUGAAGCCAUUGGCAGACUUGGAUCCAGUUGUGGUGACGUUCUGGUACAGAGCUCCAGAGCUUUUACUUGGGGCCAGACAUUACACAAAGGCCAUUGAUAUUUGGGCAAUUGGCUGCAUAUUUGCUGAACUAUUGACUUCAGAACCUAUAUUUCACUGUCGCCAGGAGGACAUCAAAACAAGUAAUCCUUUUCAUCACGAUCAGCUAGACCGCAUUUUCAGUGUAAUGGGAUUCCCUGCAGAUAAAGACUGGGAAGACAUAAGAAAGAUGCCAGAAUAUCCAACUCUUCAGAAAGAUUUUAGACGAACAACAUAUGCCAAUAGUAGCCUCAUAAAAUACAUGGAGAAACACAAAGUCAAGCCUGACAGCAAAGUUUUUCUUUUGCUUCAGAAGCUUCUUACUAUGGACCCUACAAAGAGAAUUACCUCAGAGCAGGCUUUGCAGGACCCCUACUUUCAAGAGGAUCCUCUGCCUACAUCAGAUGUGUUUGCUGGCUGUCAGAUUCCAUAUCCGAAAAGAGAGUUCCUCAAUGAAGAUGAACCCGAAGAGAAAGGGGAUAAGAAUCAGCAGCAGCAGAAUCAGCAUCAGCAGCAAGCAGCAGCUCAGCAGCAGGCGCAGGCGGCGCCGCAGCAGCCGCAGCCGCAGCAGCAGAGCAGCAGCCAGACCAACGGGACGGCGGCGGGCGCCGGUGCGGCAGGAGGGGGCGCGGGCGCGGGGCUCCAGCACAGCCAGGACUCCGGCCUCAACCAGGUGCCUCCCAACAAGAAACCACGCAUAGGGCCUUCAGGCGCUAACUCAGGCGGGCCUGUCAUGCCUUCAGAUUAUCAGCACUCCAGCUCGCGCCUGAGUUACCAAAGCAACAUUCAGGGAUCUUCUCAGUCCCAGAGUACAAUGGGCUAUUCCACAUCGUCUCAGCAGAGCUCUCAGUAUCACCAGUCUCAUCAGUCUCACAGGUACUGAGGGGCCUGACAGGCUGCACUCAGAAAGGAAUGGACUAGAAGCCAGAAGACUCCAGCAAUAUGAAGUUCAUAACGAUGAGAAGACCAAAAAUACAAACUAUGAUGCAGAAUUAAAAUUCAUGAUGAUAAAAGGAAAACUUCACUCACUGAAGACUUGCCCCAUCCCUGCCCCAUCCCCAUCCCUUUAUUGCCAUAAAGGAGAUUCUUGUGAAGUUUUCCUUCCUUCCUGCCCUUGCAUGUGCUCCAUUGUGGUUACUCUAAUGAACCCUUCUGAUCUGAACCCAGCACUUAACUUCUUUAACCUUUGGAAUUUUGAAGGAUUCCUGGUGCACCUUCCUUAUGCUGUAGUGAUUGCCAUAAAUCUGUCUUUUCAAUCUCUUUGAUGGGAUUUUGAAGUUUUAAAAUCUUGAACUCCCAGGCUUUCAAGCUUGUAUAUAGUUAGUUUUAUACUAGGCAAACCAGUUUAGCUAUACAGGUAUAUUGCACCUUUUUAAAGCACUAUGUUAUUUUCACAGGAUAUUACUGUUUUGCUCAUGGAUGUCAAGAACAGCAAAAUUUUACUGUUCCAGAGUAUUUUACUAUUCUGUUUUUAUUAGUCUAGUUUUCAGGCAAAGUAUUAAAAAUAAAAAAUUUUAAAAAUUAAUAAAAUGUAAAAAGAAAAAUGAAAAAAGAAAAAAACCCUCCCAAGUCUCUGCAGCGACAGAUAUGCUUCAUGCUACUGGACUGAACGCCACACAGAAGAUUGCUGAUAUUUCUUAACUCAUUCACAUUGAAUUCUUGAAAUCACAGUGAUCAUGCUCUGACUAGUUUUAAAUUAAGCAUUACUUUAAAUGAAACCAGGACAGUCACAUGAAAAGGAGAUGCUUUCAGGAUCUGUUGGAACAGAAGAAUGGAAUGUCUUCCCAGGCUGGACACCAAAAUAGUCAGGAAAAUGUAUUUACUGCCUUCAAGUCUCAGUAGGAAUGUGGAUGACGGGCUUUUUCUGUAUUUCUGCGAAGUAGCUUAUUAAUGUGUGUGAGAGUUCUAUAAAUUUAGCUUGCUUUCACAUUUCUGAGUCAGUUCUCAAAAUUUAAAGGUGACAGAAAUACUAAGACUUGCAAAAACAAAUGCAUUUAAUCAUUUUAUGUUAGAAUUUAUAAUUAAGAGAAAUUAUUGUGCAGUUUGAAAAGCAUGUUGAAAAUUGUUCCUUUUUCUUGUUUAUAAUGCAUAUUCUGUCCCCCUCACAUUGCUGUGAUUAACCAGAUUAGUUACACCAGAUGCGCUUGAUUGCACUGAAAUGUUUCUUUUUCCCUAGAGCAAACAUGUUUUGAUUGUGCCUGAGGGACUGUAAGUGGAUGGGUAGCUGGCAGAAAAUCCCUAGUAAUUAAGCAAGAGUUCAGAAGCAUAAUCAGAGGAUUAUUGUCCAACUUCUGGAACCACAGUUAUUCAGAGAGACACAACAUGUAAUUUGGGACAGCUUCGUUUUUGCUUCAGCCUUCAGAAAUAAGGCUGGCUCUUGUGGCAGAAAACCUAGAGGAAUGCAUUUAGAAAGCUACUGGCAGUGUAACAUCAGAGAGCUUCUACAGCUGGUGUCCAGAGAAGAGGUGACAGGAGUUCAGGUGUAAAUGGUCAGUGGUAACAGGUUUUUAUACUGCAGUGUUCUCUUCUGUCCUGUGCCCGCACAAAAAAAAUGGUGUACCAUUGCACAUUCACACUGAAGUUGUGAUCAGAUGUAGCAAGAUGAGUAGGUCUGUUUGCUCUGAGGAGAACACUUUUCAUCACAUACAUGGUUCUUCUGGAUUUGAUCCCAGUCAUCUUCAAUGCCCCUUCCUCCUCAAAUUUGUGCUGUUUUCCUGCUUUGUGUGAGCAGUUGGCUUGCUUUGGCCAUACCUACCAUCAUGUGAUUUUGACAAUACCCAGCUGCUCCAGAAAAGCAGCUAAAACCUGCUUUUGUCAUUAAAUGGAUUAGAAGGUGGUGAAAAACUAAAUGAAGCAAUUGAAGGGAAAAAUUCUUUCUGGGGAAAAAUAAUAUCCCAAAGGAUACUUUCAACGUAUAACCCUUGAAAUGCUACAUUUUAUACUUACUGUAGUACUGUGAAAGGACAGGUUUUAAUUGUUCCUUCAUUUCAGUGACUGUGGGGUGACAUUCUUUCUGUCUCCCCCCUUACUGAUGUUAGGAUGAGGUACUUUUGAUCAAAUGGGUAUUUGGCCAAUGCUAUUAAGUAACACUACUUUUAUACUUCUGCAAUUUGAAUGUCACAUUUCUGGAAAUUAACUUAGGGCAGAGUGAUUUUUGUCCCUUCAUGUUCUUUUCAUCCUUCUGUUCUCUCAAAAGUAUUUUGUCUUUUCUAUUACAGUUAUCUAACGUUUUUUUUCCCUGCUGUGACCUGCAGCUGAUCAUCAAAAUUCAUACAAGAUCAAGAGGUGGCAGGGGACCAUUGGUUAAUUAAGGUGGGCUCUUGUGCCAGUAAGGCAAAAUCAUGGUGUAGAUUAAUCUGUAUGUAGAGUGUGAAACUUCACAGCAAUGUAAGGUGCUUUAAUUGAGUGAACUUCCAGCUUCUAGAGUGACUGCCACAACCUCUCUCAGCUGCACUUGCAUUUCUUGUCCUGGUUGGGUCGAUAGAUGACCACAUGCCACUCCUCUCUCUAGCUUUUAUGCGCACAGGUGAAGCCGAGGUGUCUUCCUCCAAAAUUCAUAGCUGGGAGGAGAGGGAAUAAAACAACAGCACUGGCUGCAAAAUGUAGGCUCGGCACACUCUUGUAGUUUCUUCACUGGGGUGAAAUAAUUUGCCUUUUCUUGGGAGCUUGAUGCGUGCUGCCAGGGUUGGUAGCAGUCUAGUGGAAGAAGCCUUGCUGCCUAGGGUUAUCCCAUGAGGUAAAAACUCUCCGCUUU